GAGAAGAGGUCAUAGGCGGCUUCAUCUUGAUACUGCCGGAGAUCAUCAAAUCGUGGAAGGGCUCCACGGUUUUGAACAAGGGACGCCAACGCGAGAUACUAGCGGCGGAGGAAACCAGCGCAGGGGGCGGAGACCGGCGUAGAACCUGCUGAAGUAGAAAACGGCGGAAGUUGCAGCGAGUCCUCCUCGGCGCAGCGGCGACAAACUCUCUCCGAGCUUCAAUGGCAGACUCAGAUCGCGACGGCGCCGGAGCAAUGGCAGCAGCUGGAAGAAGCGAAUUUCGUGACUUGGUUCAGAACCUGCAGGAACCCGAAUGUAGAGGAUAACGCUGAGUUGAAUCUUUCAGAUCGGAACCGGAGGACGAGAGCAACGGCAGAAGAGGAGAGCGUAGUAUGGAUAGAUUGAAGGCAAUUCGGGUAUUUUUGCAGGGUCGGGUCUCCUUUGGUCUGGACCGGUUCGGUUGGCCAAAAAAUAUAAAAACGAAGAAGGGAAAGAGAGUGAUAAAUAGAAAUGGCUUGCUGCCGUCUCGUGAGAUUACGGUUCUGCCACAACACGUGUCGUGCUCUGAGGAGUCGCCCUCCGGCGUUACCCUUUCUUGCCGUUACCUCUUCCCGUCGUAAUUAUCCUCUCUCAUUCUGCCACGUGUCUUCUUCUUCAGCUCAAGUGGACCAGCACCAACAAGAGUCUCAUCUUCCCCGUAGCCCUGACUUGGUUGCAUUGGAAUAUGCUGAUCUCAAUCUCUCUUACGACUUGGAUCUGGGUCAUGUUAGGAUAAGGCAACAUGUUAAUCCCCUGAGCUCUUCUUUCUCAGUACCUGCACAAGUACCAGACUGGAACCAGGUCUUUGCAGAUCCAAUGCUGCCGCUCAUGGUGGAUAUUGGAUGCGGUAGUGGCAGGUUUCUUAUGUGGCUUGCUAAAAGGAAUCCUAAAGUGAGAAAUUAUUUGGGAUUGGAAAUACGGAGAAAGCUCGUCAAGCGUGCUGAGAUAUGGGUCAAAGAUCUGGGUCUUGAUAACAUACAUUUCUUGUUUGCAAAUGCCACAAUUUCUUUCAAGCAGUUGGUAGAAGCAUAUCCUGGGCCCUUGCAGUUAGUUUCAAUUUUGUGUCCAGACCCACAUUUCAAGAAGAGACAUCAUAAAAGGAGAGUUCUGCAGAAGCCAUUGGUUGGUGCUAUUGUAGAUAAUUUAGUGCCUGGAGGACAGGUGUUUGUACAGUCCGACGUGGUUGAAAUGGCACUUGACAUGAGAGAUCAGUUUGAUGAAGUUGACAAGCUCAAACACAUUGAUACAUUGAAUCCGGAUAUUUCAUGUGAUGGUGAAGGGUGGCUGUUAAGCAAUCCAAUGGGGAUAAGAACUGAGAGAGAGAUUCACGCAGAAUACGAAGGUGUGAAAAUCUACCGAAGGUUGUACCAGAAGCAGUAGUAAUUUCCAAGCUUGACUAAUUCGCCGGUGAUAUUUUAUCACCGAGCAUCAACAUUGAGUCGAGGAAUCUUGUCCAUGUCACACAAGAUGUUAUGCUGCCAUGUCCAUGUUUUUUUGUGUCAACCACAAUAGAAAAAGCUCACAUGCUCUUAGAAUGUAAGGAAACUUCUUUUGACGAUAUAUGCAUAAAAUUCUUUUAUUUUCAUGAUGGGGUUUCUAACGUUGGGAACAUUUAUUGGUACGCAUGGACCAAAUGGAUCAUGCUGAUGCCAUUAAAGGAGUACAUUAUCAGCCAUGAAUCCACCGUUAACUUGUAUGCUUGUCUAACAUGUCAUGUACUUAGUAUUUUCUCGCAAUAAAUGCGGGUGAUUGUUGAGUGAUAUACUGAUAUCAAUUAUCAUGUAGUAACUUUUUUUUUUUGAAAGUUGUAUCAUGUAGUAACUUUAGAUCUACUGAUCCACAUCACUUUUACACUUGGAGAAGGAUCCACUAAAUUUUUCCAGUUUAUUUUUUAUUUUAGGAAUUUGAUACAUGAAGCUGCAAACUAUUAACAUGGAAGUGU